UGAAGUUAGCGGCAGGCCUAGAAGCUCCAGAGCACAACACUCCUUUUUUACUUAUCUUUCUCUCUCAGAAGUUAUUUCUCUGCCAGAAUUGCCUCUUCCAGAAGCUCCUCUCUCAGAAGGUACCUCCCCUCCACUGAAUCUACCUUUUCAACAAUCCUACAAUAUCCUACCUGCUUUCAACCUUCAUCAUCAUCACCAUCCUUCAGAUCACAUCCCCAGAGACUCUGUACAGGACACACCUGAAGAAACCACGAACCCAGAAGAACCAGGGCGAUAACUGGACUGCGCGACUUGACUCCAGUUUUCUGUGCCAUGUCCUUCAACUUGCAGCUUGGGAAACAGAACUUUGCACUGGGCCUCUGUGUGGUUUUCCUCAUCAGCCUCACUCUUUCGCUGUUACAGAGAGCAGCCAGAGAGAAGACUACAUUACGACAGUUAGGAAAAUGCCAGGAAUUAAAUUGUUUGUUUGAAUUACGGGAUUUCUCUCAAAGUGCUCGGUUUAACAGAACAGCCAGUGAUGAUCUCUCUGGCAGUGCUCAGUUUAACAGAACAGCCAGCGAUGAUCUCUCUGGCAGUGCUCAGUUUAGCAGAACAGCCAGUGAUGAGGAGCAGCUUCGUGUGAUCCAAACAUGGAAUUUCAAGAAAGAGGAUAAGAAGAUUCUGGAGCAUCUGCUGCUUACUCAGACAUGCCAUUGGGAACCCAAUGCAGCAGUGCUGGCCCAAUACAGGGCAGAGCUGGGGCAGUGUUGUAAUGCUUCCUUCCAGCUAGUCCUCACUAAGGAAAACACACCGCUGGGAUCAAACAUCAGCUUUGACGGGCAUAAAGACAAGAAGAUGCUGGUGAAUGCUGAGCUGGUGGACUUGUUGCCGGAGAGAUCACCCUUCCCAGACUCCCAGUAUGGGCACUGUGCAGUGGUAGGCAAUAGUGGGAUCCUGCGAAACAGCCAGUGUGGUCAGGAGAUAGACCAAGCAGAUCUUGUAGUCAGGUUCAAUCUGCCUCCCAUGAAUUUCUCUGAAGAUGUGGGAACCAAGGCAAGCCUGGUAACCUUAAAUCCCAGCAUCCUUCAUGCCAAAUUCCAAAAACUUGAAGACCGGCGGAAGCCUUUUGCAGAUGCUUUGCGCCCUUACAGGGAUGCCCUCUUCCUCAUCCCCGCCUUCUCCUUCAUAGGAAACCAUGAUGUCAGCUACCGUGCUCUGUAUACCAUGGAGGACUUUGGUUUGGCUCAGCAAGCUGUCUUCCUGAACCCAAAUUACCUGGCCCACAUGGGUAACUACUGGAGGACGAAGGGUUUAAGGCCAUACCGUCUCUCGUCUGGCUUCAUGUUUGUCAAUGUCGCUUUGGAGCUCUGUAAGCACAUUACCCUUUAUGGAUUCUGGCCCUUUCAGCAUGACCUUGCCAACCAGCGCAUCCUCCACCACUACUAUGAUAACACUCUGCCUAAGCGCGGUGUGCAUGCCAUGCCGAGCGAGUUUUCACAAUACCUAAGGAUGUACUCCCAGGGAGUGCUGCGCUUACGUCUUGGCAAAUGUCAGUGAGAGGGAUGCUUGUGUGUGUGUGUGUGUCACCUGAACCAUGGAAAAAAAGCUCAGCAAAACCUAAAGGUGGCAACACAGAAAUUGUUCCAGCAUGGACACAGGCUUUUAGGAAGGUUUGCCCAGAGGGAGUGUUUUUGCACAAGCGAUCCCCUUCUUUCAGAGGCUGUUCAUACAAAUCAGAAGGUCUUUUUUUCCUCAGGAUACAUUAAGGAACAUAAAUGAAAUUCCUCUGUAAGAUCCAAGGAGGCGGCUUCUCUUACAUCCUGAGAUUGAUCCAAACAUGUGUUUUAAGUUUAAUAUGAUGGGAACUGGGAACUCCCAAGAGUAUGGUGCAAGCUUGAGAGGGGACUUUUCUUUUGGUGGGUGAGAAAUAUAAGUGUUCCCUCCUCAUUUUUUGGAUUGUCAGAGAACUGAAAACAUGAGUAGAGCUGCCAACCUCUUGGGAGGCACAGUGCAUUCUGGAAGACAGUCUUGGAGAGCUGUAGCACUGGAAAAGGAGGUGACUGGUUAAACCUUGGGAAAGUUAAGACUGAUGUAAUACGGCAUUGUUUUCAGCUCCACCCUGUAUUUAUCCCCUGCAACACUGUUUCUGUUCUACUGCAAUUCAUCUUCCUCCCAAAACUCUGUUA